UCUCUUUUGCUCUUUCAUGUUUGUUCAAGCACUGGCCGGUGCCCCAGGUAGCUGUCGUUGCCUGUUGGUUUUGAAGUACAACUUCAUUGUGAUUUUGUAAGAGAUGGAUUUCACAUGGGGGACACAGUUUGGUGAUGAUGAUGAUGAAGACAAUGAAGAAGAAGGGUUCCUUGGUCAGUCUGGCUUUGGAGGAAGAGAUGGUUUGAUAUUUUUGAUUGACUGUGCAGAAUCCAUGUUUCAAAAAGGAGAUUCCGAAGAAACACCUUUUGAACUUUGCAUUAAAUGUACCAAGAAUGUCAUUCAAAAUAAGAUCAUCAGCAGUGACAGGGACUUGUUGGGAGUAGUAUUUUAUGGAACGGAAAAGGACAAGAAUCCAGGGGAUUUCAAGAAUGUGUAUGUUCUCCAGCCUCUUGAGCAGCCUGGUGCCCCUGCAGUACUCCAGCUGGAAGCUUUGCUCGAAGAGGGUAAUGAUGACUUUGAUACCAACUAUGGACACAGCAGCACUUAUUCACUAGGAGAUGCUUUAUGGACAUGUCAGAAUAUGUUCUCACACAGCCCUCACAAGAUAAACUACAAACGGGUGAUGCUUUUCACAAACGAUGAUGAUCCACAUAGAAAUAACAAUUCCCUAAAAAACCAAGCUAAAGCCAAAGCUGUGGAUCUACAUGAAACAGGAAUAGAACUGGAAUUGAUGCACAUACAGAAACCUGCAGAAGGUUUUGAUCUAGGGAAGUUGUACAGGGAUAUUCUCUACUUUGAUGAUGAUGAAAACACUGUGCUUGCUGACCCUGCAGAGAAGUUUGAAGAAUUGUUGACAAGGGUGAGAUCGAAAGACCAUAAGAAAAGAGCAACAGCCAGAAUUCCCCUGUCCCUUGGAAAGGACCUCAAUAUGUCAGUUGGAGUAUACAACCUAGUCCGUGCUUGUCCAAAACCAUAUGGAGUAAAGCUGUAUAAAAAGACUAAUGAAGAGGUGAAGACUGUAACAGAUUUGAUCCUCAAGGAAACUGGGGAAGUGCUUAUGCCCCAAGACAUUAAAAAGUAUGUUACGUUUGGUGGCAAGAAGAUUGCUUUAGAAACAGAAGAAAUAAAAGAAAUAAAACAUUUUGGAGAUCCAGGGUUCACUUUGAUGGGGUUCAAACCACGAUCCUUCUUAAAGAGAUACUAUUAUGUCAAACCAGCCCAGUUUUUAUAUCCAGAUGAAACUACUGUUCAAGGAAGCACUACCAUGUUCACUGCUCUCUUAAAGAAGUGCUUGGAGAAGGAUGUUAUGGCCAUAUGUAAAUACAUAGCUAGGAGAAACACUCCACCAAGAUUUGUGGCACUGCUUCCCCAAGAAGAAGAGUUAGAUGACCACAAUGUCCAGGUCACUCCUCCUGGGUUCCAUGUGAUCCCGUUGCCAUAUGCAGAUGACAUGAGAAAACUGAAAUAUGACAACAUGCCAAGAGCUAAAACAGAGCAGAUAGAUAAAGCCAAAGAAAUAAUAAAGAAGCUCCAGUUUACAUUCAGAAGUGAUAGUUUUGAGAAUCCAGCUUUGCAGAACCAUUACCGUAAUGUGGAGGCCCUUGCUCUGGACAGAGACCAAGCAGAGGAAUUAAUUGAUUACACAGAGCCUGAUGUUCAGAGACUAGAAAGGAGAGCUGGAGCAUUAAUUGGGCAGUUUAAAGAUCUGGUUUAUCCAGAGGGAUAUCAGGCAGGAAAGAAAAGAAAGGCAGGAGGAGCUGCCCAGGGACCAGCUGCCAAAAAGACAAAUGAAGAAGCUGUUGAUGUGAAAAAAGAGGCUCAGGCUGGAAGGCUGGGAAAACUGACUGUUAAAGUCUUGAAAGAGUUUGUAGAAAACUUAAAAUUGAAACCAGCCAGUCAACGCAAAGCUGACAUCAUAGAAGCCAUAAAUGAUCACUUUGGAACUGGAUAGAGUCUUACUUGGAGACUUGUCAUAUAAUUUAACUGCACUCCAGACUAAUUUUUCUGAAAGGACCAAUCUCUCUUACAAUAAUUUUGGAGGAACCAUGAUACUGGAGAUUUUUUUUGAAACAUUGACCUAGUUCAUGAAAGAUUUCCUGGAUCAUUUUUAGUUCUCACAUUGACAAGUGUUGUCUGUUAUUUUGAAUGAUAAUUGGCUGAUGUGGAGAUUAAUGUUUCAUUGCCUAGAAAUGAUUAAGAAUGCUUACACUUUCUCCAUAAAUAUGCUGACAGAUAUACAUUUAAAAUGUAUUUAGUUUUUUAGUAUACAUUAUUAAUACUAGAAGAUAGAAGAAUAUUGUAAACAAAUUUUGAUUAAGUUUUUGUAAAAUAAUUUUAUUUUAUAUUGGAACGAAAAAUACUUUUUCAUGAAAAAUAAAACAGAUUUCUUGUAACAUGAUAAAUAUGCACUCAUACAAAAUAUCCUUAAAAUCCUCUACAAGCAUAACCUUUCCAGGAGUUCAUAAAAAAUUAAUGGUCAUAAGAGUCGUAGAUAUAUAUUUUUAAAGAAACAUUCUUGAUUUAACUUGAAA